CUGCUGCUUCCCUGCUCCGCUUCUGCUUCCGAGGGGUUUUAGGGAACGGGCUGCGUGCCUGGCUCAGUCCCACGCGAUAACGGGGACCCGUGUGCCAACGGGGACCGGCGCGAGGCGAAGGACAGAGAAGGCAGCCGAGGAUGCAGGGAUGGAUAAGCUGCACCAUGGUGCUGCCCUGCACAUCAGCCUUUCUCCAUCACCCUCUGCCACCUCCGAGGCCGUCGGAUAUUGCCCGCGGCCGCUUGCCCCUCACCGACAGGGCAGGGGAGGUGAGGGGGAUCCCCCCCGGCCAUGAGCUGGCACGGCGAUCCGCGAGGAAAACGGGAGGUGGAAGGGAAAUGUUUGUGUCUGAGAAAAAGUAUUACAUAUUUUUCAUCUCCACAGCUGCAAACCAGCUUGCAAAUCACCCAACUCCAGCACCGCCAGAGCUCCCGUACGAAAUCCCAGGCGGAGAGGAGAGAUUCCUGCUGGGUGUUUACUCCGGCGUCACCCGCCGGCAGCCUGGGACAGGGAGGGGGGGACGGAGGGCGGGCAAAGUUCAGCUCCUAUAAAUUCAGGUCUGGUCCACUUCAUUCAUUCCCCUGGCAGCAUCGCCGGGAGCUGCACGUCCAGCCUUCGCGCAAGAGGUUUUGCAAAUAAAUCCCCUUGGGACCGCCGGCUGCCUGCGCGAUGCCGAGGGUCCUGCGGGAUGUCGGGGCCGCCCUUGCCUGCCUCCAGCUCCUGCUGCUUCUCACCGGCGUGGAGCUGAGGCCCCACGCGUGGGACGAGGACAAGCUCCAGCUGGAAGCCAUCAAAAAGGGGAUUCUGGAGCGGUUGGGGAUGCCCACUCCCCCCGUGGUCCGGCACCGGCUGGACCAGGAGAGCAUCCGGAGAGCGCAGCGGUUGUACCAGCAGAAAGUGGCCGAGCUGAUGGGAAACCGGAGUCAGGAGGAGGAGGGAGCCGUGCCCAGGACCAGGCGCCUGCAUCGCCUGACCCCCACGCUGCUGCGUCAGCCGGCCAUCCCCCGGGGACAUCAGGACCCCCAGGGACACCAGGACCCCCGCGGUCCCUACCGCUACCAUCUCCUCCUCUCCCGCACCGAGACUUUCCACCGACAGCUCCGGGUGAUGCAGGCGGAGCUGAAGCUCUUCAAGGAGUCGCUGGCAUCCCCCGGCAUGUCCCUGCCCGACACCUCCGUGCCCCCCCGGGUCAGCAUCUAUAUGCUGGGGGGGGGUCACGGGACCCCCCGGCUCCUGCGUAGCCAAGAGCUGGACCGUGAUGCCCGGAGCCUGGACCUCACGGCGGCCGUCCAGCCCUGGGCUGCCGGUCCCGAGGACACGUUGCGCCUGGAGUUGGCUUUCACGGCCGACGUCUCAGCCUUGCUGGCCACCUCGGGGGGUGAGACGCUGGUGCUGGAGGUGGAAACCCAUGAGACCACGGGUCGGGGGGCCAGGAGAGCCCGGGGGCUGGAGGAGGAGUGUGGGAAGAGCGACGGAAAGUGUUGCCUCAAGUCGCUCAAGGUCUCCUUCCAGGACAUCGGCUGGGCCGACUGGGUCAUUGCCCCCAACAGCUACUACAUGAGGUUCUGCGAAGGUUCCUGUCCCCACAACUACAAGCCGGCCAGCAUGCACGCCCAGAUCAAAGCCCGCAUGCACUCCCUCUCCAAAGCCACCCCGCCGCCCUGCUGCGUCCCCGCCGGCUACGACCCCAUGGUGCUGAUGCACUACGAUGGCGAGGGCAGGCUGGUCUCCACGCUCUUCGAGGACAUGCUGGUCACCAGGUGCCACUGUGCCUGACGGCAUCGCCUCCGGCUCGGACCGGGACCCGUCACCGCUCGGAUGGGGCAGAGCCUGCCCGUCUCCCGGCAGCUCCGGCAUCCCAAAAACCGGACCCUGUGGCACAAAAUGCCUCCGCGCCAGCCUCGGCUCCGCCAUCUGGCUCAGCCCCCAGUUGUGAACUCCCCUCCACAGGCCACAAUAACUUAUUCCCCCCUCUCUUCCCUUAUUUAAAACCAUGUUUUAUUUGGUAGGUGGAUCCUGCCCACCCGAGAGAGCCCAAACAGUCCGGGGUGGGUCUGUCCCUGCGUGGCCGCAGCCCGCCCCGUGUCUGAGCAUCAUCUCUUCUCUGCUUAGAGACUUAUUUAUACAACCCUCUUAUUUAUUGCUAACUUAUUGUAUUUUAUAGCAAAAUACCUUUUUGGGAAAGGUGGGGGGGUUUUUUU